AUGGCUUCGCUUCACUUCUGCUCGGAAUGCAACAACCUGCUCUACCCCAAGGCUGAUCCGCAACGGCGCAUCAUGGUGUAUGCGUGCCGGAUAUGCAACUACGACGAGGUUGGCGAGAACAAGUGUGUAUACAGGAAUGACUUGCUGACGGUGACAAAAGAGCAGAUCGGUGUGACAGGAGACCUCAUGAACGAUACUACACUGGCGCAUGCCGAUAUGCAGUGCCCUCAAUGUGGGAACGACGACGCAGUUUACUUCCAGGACCAGUCCAAGCGGAAGGAGACACGGAUGAUCCUCUUCUUCGUCUGCACAAAAUGCAAUCAUAGCUUUACGGAUCCAACGGUGGCUCGACCGCAGGAUGUAGAUUAA